AUGGAGCCCAUGCGCCACGUCACCGCCUGUCGUGCCCGAUGCGAGUCCACAGUGCGCUGGGGCGGCCAAAGGCCAAGGUGGCUCGGUCCAGCUUUCAAGCGUGACGGCAUUGAGGAGGACCAAGUGCCGGUGCACGCGCGAGAGAUGCAAGGCGGACGUGUCCAUCUUGAAGACGCAGCGCAUGCUUCGCAAGCGCAAGGUCCGUGGCCUUGCUUCCAGCUUUCCCUCCCUGGCACUGCGCCGAGGGAGAUCUUCGCUGAGCACGAGAAGUCCAAACCUUCUGAGCUAAGUCACGUGCUGAAGCAGCUUCACCAGCGAAAGGCUUUAGAAGAGCCGAAGAGGCAGCCUUUCUCCAGAGUGGAGAACGACGAG